CAAACAGGGCAUUCAUAAUGUGUAUGAACUGUAUGUCGGCACAUGGACGCUGAAUUCGAGUGAUGAUAUUGUUGUGAUAUGAUGGCUGUGAAUAUGGAGAGGUUUGUCAGUGAGGCUAAAGGAAAUGGUUUGCGUGCUCUGCGUGAAAUCAAAGCCGGUGAGGUGAUUCAUUCAUGCGAGCCGUAUGCAUUCUGCAUAGCCAAGGAUUUCUUGAAAACUGCCUGCCAAAGUUGUCUCAAGAGAGGUGAAAGUCUGUCGAGAUGUUCUCAGUGUAAGACGGCCCGGUACUGCAGUGCUCAGUGUCAGAAGCAAGCAUGGCCCGAUCACAAGAGGGAAUGCAAAUACCUCAAACGCCUCCAGCCACGGAUCCCCACCGACUCCGUCCGCCUGGUGGCGAGGAUCAUUUUCAAACUGCUCAGCCAAUCAGAAAGUGACCAAGAGGAGCUGUACUCGAUAGUCGAGCACCAGUCACAUCUUGCAGACAUGAGCGAGGAGAAGAAAGAAGGCCUGAGGCACCUCUGCACGACGCUGCAGGUUUAUCUCGGUGAGGAGAACCACGAUCUGUCUCAGCUUCCGCCCGGCCUCGACCCCAUCAGCCUCCUCGCCAGAGUGACCUGCAACUGUUUCAGCAUCAGUGAUGGAGAGCUGCAGGACGUGGGGGUGGGACUUUACCCCAGCAUGCCUCUGCUGACCCACGACUGCCAGCCCAACUGUGUCAUGAUCUUUGAGGGCAAGAGACUCACGCUGCGAGCCGUUCGCCUCAUCAGACCCUGUGAGGAGCUCACUAUAAGCUACACCGACAUCCUCGCGACCAGCAAAGAGAGACGUUCCCAUUUACAGGAGCAAUACCACUUCCUGUGUCAGUGCACACGCUGUAGCACUGAGGACAAGGACUGUGACAUGCUGGCUGGAGAGAAGACGGCAUGGACGUCCUUAAGAGACGCCAUCCCUCACCUGGAGCAGCUUCAGUCGGAGCAGCGCUGGGAGGAGCUGCUGAAAGAGAGCCAGGCUCUUUUGCACAGAUAUACAGAUGUCGUCCCGGACAGGAACGCAGCUCACACAUCCAGGAAGCGGCAGACAGGCAGCCUGUCUCUGGUUUGCCCGUCUCAGCAGCAGAUCACUGUAAGCCUGGCCUGCUGCUCUCGGCUCAGUGCGGAUGAAUGGGAAAUAUUGUACUACAGUGAUCCUCAUCCGUCCAGAGCGGUGGAGCUGCUGCGGGUGGGGAAGCUGCAGCACUACCAGGGCAGACUGGAGGAGGCUCAGGGGAGCUUCACACAGGCCUAUGACAUCAUGAAGGUGACCCACGGGACGGCUCACGCCCUGACUAAUGAGGUGAGCAGAAAACUGAGCGAGUGCCAGGCUGAGCUGGGUCGAGUCUAGGCUGAUGUGUGCCAUCAUACAGAGAGCGACUGCUGCAGUCCCGCCACAGCCCCAAACUCCUCUCCGACAAUACACUCAAUAUGUUUCUGGAUGGUUGUGUCUGCCACCUGCUUUUGUGCCGCUGUGUAUCAAACCAGCUGCUUUAGAAUUCAACUGAAAAAACAAAAUCUACAUUACUCUGCUGUGCUUUUUCAGUCCAUUUCAGAUUGCUCAUCCCAUUUCAGAUUAGUUUUUUGUUUUUUUGUGGAAUUCAUUCCACUUUUUUCUAUUCUGAA